UUGUCAUAAUACAAAUCCGAAACCUGGAAACUUUUCGUGGAAUAGAGAAAAUACUAAGUUACUCUUAGAAAAUUAUUUUGAACGAAAAGAUAAGUUUCGAGACCCAAAAGUGAAAAAAAGAACAUUAUGGACAGAUAUAGUUAACGAUUUCAAAUCAAAGGGAUAUGAUGUUACCGAAGAUGUAUUGGAUCGUAAAAUAAGAAAUUUGAAACAAUCUUAUAAAAGCUUAAAGGACAGUAAUAAAAAGACAAGUACAGGACGUGGUAGGGUUGGUUGGGGAUGGUAUGACAUCGUGGAAAACAUCUUUAUAGAAGAUAAAACCAUAAAUAUUGGUGCAACACUUGCGUCUAUGAUAUCUUCUGAUCACAAUAAUAUUGAGCAGUGUGUCCUUUCAUCACUAGCAUCUACUUCAAGUUGUACAGAAGAACAAAUGACAAUUUCAAAUUGCUCUGACACAAAAAUAAGACAAGAUAUAAUAAACAGUGGAUCUUCAGUUUGUGUCACAAUCCCAUCAAUCCCAACAACCAAUCCCAUUCCUGAUAAUGAGUUCUCCGGUAGAAAAAAUAAGAAAAUGAAAAGUACAAGAACGAGAGCCUUGUAUGAUCUUAGAAAGAAGCAAUUAGACUGCGAAGAAAGAAGAGUAAAUGCUAUAAAUGAGUUGAAGGAAGCAAUAAAUGAGCAUAACAGUAUACAAAGAGAGAGGAAUGAAAUAUUGCGAAAUUUAAUUGAAUCCAAUAAAAAAAGUUAAUGUAAUCAAUGAAUACAAGUUGCUUGCAGGGGAUGUGACAUCCAUCUAUAGCGCCAAUUACUUCUGUGAAACCACGC